UCACAGGCCGUCAAAAAUACAUAUAUGAUACAUCCAACAUAAAAGGAACCCAUUAUGAUGGGUGAAACACUAUAAUAUUAUAUUCACAAGUGAUUGUUAAUACAGUAAUCGUUAUUGAAUAGGUACAGUGUUUAAUAUAUAGCACAUACACAAAUGUACACUGAUCAGCUAUCAGGGUCGGAGUAUAAUAUUAGUAUUAUAGCUAAUGAUAACCAGAAUACAUCAAAUUAAGAACAUCAACUGUUUUGGUAUCAAAAUCGUAUAUAUUACGGUACACACUGUUUAAACUGUUUAAUAUUCCUGCUGGCCAUAGUUUCCCUUGCAAUGCCUAAUGCAAUAUUUAUAUAUUCAUCCAUUUUUCCAAUAGUGUCAAAUUCAUUGAUGUGGGGGGCACUGAGCCGACUAACGGUAAAUGGUAAUACCUACAGUUCCUUUGUAUUCCAGUCAAGCUUCUCAUGUACAGGUAGAUAGGCAUACACAGAUUGAUAUUCAGACGGUUAGCUAGUUAUAUCAGUGCUAUACAGCAUGUGUAGGUGUUUUGAACGGUAGUUUGUCCUCUCGCACAUGCUGUUUGGGUAAGGUAUUGUAUUAUAUUACGAUACGUAGCCAAUAUAAACGACUGGACGGAUUUAAAAGCAUCAACACCGGCCUCCUCUGGAAAUUCUAUUUUUAAUAAAUCCUCUUUUUCAUAAGCAUUGAAUUUUAUAAGAAGUCAAGUCUUUGGAUACCUGCUGAUAACUUAGUUGGGUUUACGCCUUUACAUCCCGAUAGUGCUUAUUUGUUUUGUCUACGAUAACGACUGGAGAUUUAGGUUAGUAGGCGAUAUAGACUAUGACAACUCGGUGAUUUAAAUGCCUUCAGCCAACACUAAUUGGACAAUAAAGAAGUGCAUUGGAGAACUUCUAACAGUUGGGCCAGAUUUCAUUCGUCUUACGUCAUGGAAAGAAGAAAUUUUGGAGAAAUCUACAUAAAAUAAGAGACUGGCGUGUUUCAACCAGACUGGAAUUGAUUUCCCAGGAUUCCAACAGAAUAAAAACGUCGUCAGAAAUAGCAAUCAGUGCUUGUUAUUUCUAAUGACGCAUAUUGAUGGAGUGGUGCGCGUGCACCAAUUCUAUAUUGAUAUUUACACGUGAUUUGGCGAUUAUUUUUAAUUGAAUAUAAUCAAAGAUAUUAAGCAAGUCAAAAUGAGUGGAUACUUUCUCAAAACAUACCGUUCACAAGAAGUCGCACGUGAGCGUAAUAAGCGCGAGGACAGGAAAUUAAAUUUGAACUUAAGUGGUAAAAAUGGACCGGAAGCCGUAUACCGAUUAAAUAUGGACAAGGUGAAUCAUGAGCAGCGCGUUAUUGCACGAGAACUUGGCCGGAUACGAACGAUGGGCCCGGCACGAGCGACAGGGGACCUUCAGACACUCACUAAGGAGCAAAGUAUGGCAGAACGCCAAUUAGAGAAAAUCCGACAGGGCAUACAUAAGCCCACUAAUAAAACAUUAUUGACGCCAGAUAAAAAAUUCCAUCACCCUGUAUUCAAUUUUACAGAUAUUCCAGUGCACGAAACAAACACAAAUGUAGGUGCGAAUGAGAUGAAAAAAAUGAAAGAAAGUACGAACUCUAUCGCGGAUUUAAAAGGUCUGUCUUUAGAUAGAUCUGACAGAGAAGUAGAUGGGUUUAUGAUCAUCAAAUAUCUCGGAGACUUGCACAACAACACACAGAUAUACGCUAGAACCCCUCCACCCAGUGAAAGAGGUGCUAAAUCCCCGGUGUAUCGCUCCCCGGCCAAUCAGAUCGAUAUCGAUACACCGCGUUUAGCUUUUAAACGACUGACGGAGAUGGGCAAAAUUGACUCCGAUCAAGCGGAACGAUUCUAUUCAGAGACAACACCACAAGACCCAGAAAAGGCGGCUAUUAACACAGCGAAUACCACUGGUGCUCGAUCAGGGGAAGCGAAAGGGGGCGUUUCCAAAGACAGAACGACAAAAGUACCAAGAGAACACAAACAGAGGGCGGUAAAGCACCAGAAAGAACAUAUCAGCACCUACACGUCGUCACUUAUAGUGCCAGAAACAACUCUCAGGAGUGAAUCGCAGUCAAAUUUAUCACAGAAAAACGAACUCUUAGAUUUGGCGACAGCCGCGAACGUUGAUAUGGCAAGCGUUAAGAAGAAUGUAACUAAGAGAUUGUCCAAGGACAACAUUAGUAGCAAAGGGUCAGCGUUAUCAGACCCCGGUUCUAACAGGAAACCUAACAGCCGUAAAGGGACAACAUCGGCAGAUCCAGAGGUACAGUCCGGCACGCAACAGAGCUAUGUCGCCAACAACGACAUGUCUGCAUCAUCAGUCAAAUCAGAAACGGAUGAUGCGCCUCGGCCGCGACAAGAACGGCGCAUGUCCAAACAGCAGGUGGAUGAAAUGCUCCGUAAGCCUGUUUUGGACCCGGAUAUGUACAACGUAGACGGUUCCCUUAAGACAAUGUUUACGCUUCCAAGUUUUGACAAAUCCUGGGAAGAGGCACAAAAGGCCCGUUAUAUACGUCCGAAGGAAAAACUCGAACGAGACCGUGAGCUUACCACAAAGGAAAUUUUCUCUCCUUAAUUAGUGCGGUUAUAUAUUUAUUGAUUUUUCUUAUCCACGACGACAAUUGGAUGUAGAUACUGUCAUUCUGGAUGCGUGUAUGCAUAUUUGUGCCAAGGAGUUAGAAGGCACGUGCGUACGUACCCGCACGUAUGUCAUGUGAUAUCCCUGGACCAGGGACGUGUUCUCUAUUGAAAAUUUUAAAACAAGAACACUUGGGUGAAACAAUUAUGAACGAAAAUGAAAUCGACGUGGAUGUUUUAAAUUAUUGACCACUAUACCACAUAUCCUAGAAUGGCUUGACGCACGUGCGAAUGUUCUGGUCAGUUUACAAUCGUUAAUAUUUCUUUGCGUGUUGCGUGUGAACCUAAUACGGUACAUUUUAAUUAACUAAUAAGUUCAUUUGUGUCUGAACAAUGUUUCAUUGAUAAAGAUUUUUUUCUUGAAUCACGCGAUUUUGUUGAAAUUAUAUACGAUGUGUGAUUUUAAACUGCGAUACAUAUCGAAACAUUCUGUAAUAAAUCGCUCAUUUAUAAAAUGUUUCCUCGCAAACCUUGUUUAUGUAAAUAUACGGCCUACAAAGUUGUAAUUUAUAUUUCAAAUAGUCGUUUUAAAUUAAAUCAACAAUGAGUAGAGACUGUUUGAAAGACUUGUUCACCUUGCCAAUUUCAGUAAUGUCUAUUUACAACAAUAUCGCUUUGUAUUAAUACAAACAUGCCUGGAUGUUAUCUUUCAUGUAUAUAAAGUUGAAUUUCUGUAUGUUUACCAACAAACACAUUUUGUAAUACUGUACUGCGGAAGCCUUUGUUAGCGAUGUCAAUUUUCUGUCGGGAAGUCAAUCGUCGAUAUAUACAAUGUAUACAUGUAUGUUUCGUGAAUAGCUAUUUUUUAUUUGCCCUAGGCUGGCUCUGUAUAUAUGCGCUAAGGGUCUCAUAAGUCUUAAAUCUCGAACAAAUAUUGUUAUUUAUUAGCAUUCUUUGCUAGAGUGUGUUGUUUACAUGAUUAACUUUUUAUAGUAAUAAACAUUCAUUCGCAUCUAAA